AUGUCUGCACCUCAGCUGAAUUCCUUGCCGUUAGGUUGGCGCCGGGCCAGUGGGUCUGGUAGCUCCAAAACGCCACGCUCCCUCGAACUCUACAACUUCCUGGACGUUUCAGAAGUUAAUAGUCGGGGAAAAUCAGCCCUUCUCGUCCGUUCAUACAAGCCUGGCACGUUGGAACCUCUGCAAGACUUAUCGAUACUCCUGGAUGUGAUUCUGCGACGCCAUCUGCAGAAGUUCUCUUGUUCUGUUGAGAUGGACACCGGGCUGCGCUCAUUCGAACAGUCCGAUGAGGGUGUCACUACUAUUCUAGCAAACAACGGCAUAUCAGAGACUUUUGACACCAAGUGGAUCAUCGGCGCAGUUCAAUGUGGCUUUGAAGGUAUCGUGCGCAAGCAACUUGGGCUCACAUUUUUAGGCGAGACUAGAGACGACACCCGGGUUGUGACUGGAGAUAUCUGCUUGAUAGGCGUUGGUCUCGAUAGAAUGCAUUGGCACCGAUUUGGAAACUUCCUUGAAGGGGCCAAUGUGCGGAUGGUGAAUAAGUUUGGCGAGGGUCGAGUGUUCGUUGCGGGCGGUAUGGGACUCGAUUCAGGUGUACAAGAUGCAUUCAAUCUAGGAUGGAAACUUGCGCUUGUUCAAAAAGGGAUCGCUAACAAAUCUCUUCUCGAGACAUACAGUGCCGAGCGUCUUCCUGUGAUCUCAGAGAUGCUCGAGACGAACAUCGUCGUACUCGAUGGAUUCGUGGCUUCAGUGAAGCCUAUCAACGCAUAUGGAGUGCUUGACGAGGGGAACCUGGAGGCUGAUGACAGGGCACCUGAUACACCCAAUAUACUGCAGGUGGGGCGCGCCGAGCCUGACGCGACGACGCUUUUUGGUUUGUACAGACCCUGGUACCACACAAUACCUGUAUUUGCGCCGAGUCUCGCUGAUGCUACCCCGAUCUUGGGUGCACUGGAGGCAUACGACAAAAGUGUCGUACGAUUGGCAGUCGUUCUGCCAUCGUCGGCAUCAGUGACGCCUGUCGCAUCUCCUAUUGACCUCAUUGACCGAGAAGGCUAUGCUUGUUCGGCUUACCUCGUGGAAUUUGGCCAGACGAAAGUGUUUGUGAUACGGCCGAAUGGAGUUAUUGGGGCGAUAGUCCAUGGUGCAGAAGGCGUGCAUCAGGGAAACCCCGCCGAUGUGAAGAAGUAUUUCUCAAAAAUAUUUUUCGAUACGUAG